UAAAUGUUUUUUUUUGCAAUUGAGGUUAAGUUGAUUUUGCCCUUUUCAUGAAAUAAAAUUCAGUGAUAUUACCAAUAACAAUGUUUAAUAAAUCUGUCAAAGUGAAAUCAAACAAUCAAGUGAAAGCCUCUGAGAGGAAAAAUAUCAAAGCCAAAGUCCAUUCGUGUUUUCCUGAUAUCAGCGAAGUUGAUUUAAACAUUUUAUUGCCAAACAAACCAAUUAAUGUUUUAAAAGUUCUCACUCACAAUUCUGUUGAUGUUAUUGUUUACGCUGUAGAGAAACGUGUUGUAUUUUUUGAAAUAGAAAAGGUUCUUUACCCGUCUAUUUAUACACUAUGGAAACAUCCAGAUAUUUUACUUUCGUUCACUACUCACGUUCCGGUGCUUUCUAAGUUGAUGCAGGGUGCUGAUUUGAUGAUUCCUGGAGUUGUCUUGCCUGAGAAUAUUGAAGGUCCAGCAGCAUGGGGUAAAUUUGAGAAGGACCAAAUAGUUUCUAUAAAUUUAACCAAUAAUAAAGCAUCAAUAGCAGUGGGCAAAACAUGUCAUUCUAGUAUGGAUAUGUAUAUGGCUGCUGGCAGAGGUCGAUGCAUUGAAAUUAUUCAUGUAUUAGGAGAUGAAUUAUGUAGUUUGUUAGCGCCUGCAAUACCUACUCCAGAUUUAGGGCACCAGAUAAUUUUAGACAAUAUUAAUCUUUCUACUGAUAAUCCAACAGAAAACAAUAUUGAAAAUAUUGCUCUUGUAGAAGCAAGUACGUCUGAACAGUGUGAAUCUAAACAUAUGUCAUCGGCUGAUGUAGAUGCAUUAUUAAGAUAUACAUUUCUCAAAUGUCUGAAUACCGAAG